UCUGUCCGGAAUAAAAAUGGUUUUACGUCUCACAACGACAUUCGUUUUUACUUGUUUGCUAUUUCCAAAAAGCGAACCAGCAAAACCAGAGGAAACAAUCAAGAAAAUUGGCUCACAUGUAGGCGAUAUUCUGAAUACAAGUGAAUCUGGUCAAGCACUAGGCUCACUCACAGCGAAUGUUGGAGACUUGUUGACUGCAAAGGAUCCGGCGAAAGCAAUUGGAGCUAUUGGUUCUAAUAUCGGGGAUUAUGUGUUUAAUAAAAGUGAACCGGCGGAAGCAUUAGGUACAAUCACAGCUAUAGGUUCGAAUAUAGGAGACUUGCUAUUUCAUCCAACUGAUCCUGACAAAGCAAAAGGCGCAAUCGGAGCGAUUGGCUCGAAUAUUGCAGACUAUGUGUUUAAUAAAAGUCAGCCAGCGCAAGCAAUAAAAACAAUCGGAGCGAUAGGCUCGGCUAUUGGGGGUUUACUGUUUGAUGGCAGUAAAUCCGGGUCAGCAACAGAGACUAACAGCCAAACUGCGCCAACAAAAGACACAAAUAGUGAACCUGCGCCUACAAAAGACACAAAUAGUAAAUCAGGGCCUGCAAUUCCCACCAAUAAUGAACCAAUAACAGUCCCCAAUAGUAAACCUGCUCCAGUAAUAGUUCCUGGUAAUGAACCAGCGCCAGCAAUAUCCAUUAGCAAUAAAGCUGCGCCAGUAUCAAUCACCAAUAAUGAACCUGCGCCAGUAGUAGUGACUAGCGGUGAACCUGCGCCAGCAAUAUCCAUUAAUAAUAAAGCUGCGCCAGUUACAAUCACCAAUAAUGAACUUGCGCCCGUUAUACUACCUAAAGGCGAAUCUGCGCCAGCAAUAUCCAUUAAUAAUGAAGCUGCGCCAAUUACAGUCACCAAUAAUGCACCUGCGCCAGUAAUAGUCACUAACGGUGAACCUGCGCCAGCAAUAUCUAUUAAUAAUGAACCUGCACCAGUAGCAAUCACCAACAAUAAACCUGCGCCUGUAACCAUCACUAACGGUAAACGUGUGCCAGUAACAUCCACCAACAAAAAUCCUGCGGUACCAAUAAAAUCAACCGUUGUGCCUAAAUCGAGUAUUAAAGAACCGCCGUUUCCUGUAAAUGGACCUGCGCCAAAAACAUUCAAGAAGCUGAAGCCAAUCGAAUCAUGCAAAGUUGCGCCGAGGGCUGCUUCGGGUAUUUUUUUGAUUCAACCGGAACGAGGAUUUGGAGAACCGUUCUAUGUGAAGUGCGACCACGAACAUGAUGUUGGAGGAUGGACUGCGAUUCACAAUCGGUUUGAUGGUUCGGUAGACUUUUAUAGAACUUGGCGGGAGUACAAAACUGGUUUUGGAUUUCUGAACGGAGAAUUUUGGUUGGGUUUGGACAGGAUACACCAACUAACUUACGGAAAACCACACGAACUGCUCAUUGUAGUGGAGGAGUACAAUGGACAUCGUGCUGUUGCCAAGUACAGUCGAUUUGCAAUAGCCAGCGAGAAGGAGAACUACAGGCUGACCAAAUUGGGAAGGUACAGCGGCACAGCUGGUGAUUCAUUAAACUAUCAUCGGAACGUAUCGUUUUCCACCGCGGAUCGUGACAAUGAUUUGGCCACGGUCAAUUGCGCUCGAUUGUAUAAAGCAGCUUGGUGGUAUUGUAACUGUUUUGACAGUCAAUUGAAUGGGCAGUAUGAAAAGGGACCGGUGAACUCAAAAGCUAGCAUGCAUUGGUUUACAUUGCACCAAAAAAACAUUGCCUUGAAAGCGUCUAAAAUGUUAAUAAGAAACUUAUUAUAACUUGAAUGUUAAAUGUUAGAAAAGUUGAUUAAUAUAAGUGAAAGGAUUGUGGCGCAAGCUUUUUAAAUAUUCUCCUCGCCGACUUUUAUAAACAGUAUAACAAGGACAUAGCCAGAGUUUUAUUACUGCGAAAAAUGUACAAUAGGUCCUAAGUAUUAAUGAUAGCAUCUAGUUGUUUCUUUUCUCAUUCAAUUAUUUCGGUGUCAUUGUAAAAAUUUCCAGCAACUUUUUCCAUCGAGAUCGAAAGCUCUAGCUGUUAUGCAAA